AUGAACCGACAUGGGUCAACAAGUAGUCGUACAGUGGGUGCUACGACGUCUGCUGGUCUUGACCAGAACUUUGGGAACAUCGAUGAAUUAGGGUGGUUUAAAUGGGUAUGGUACAUUACAACCAAACUGACCAUAUCAGAUAUCGUCUUGAUGAUACAGGAGCGUGUUGAGCUAGUUGACUGGGAUGAAAAGGCAGAUUCUAUCGCAAAACCUCUCGGGAUCUGUUUGAUUACGUUGACAUACUCUAUUAGGUUUCUUCAGGAUAACCUUAUACGACCCAACUCUAUAGCACUAUACGGGUCUGGUACAAACCAUGCCGGUGACGCAGAGGUAUUUGACUUGUCUAAGUCCAAGAAGUUACGCGAGAUGGAUUACCUGCCACAAUUUCCAACUUCCAUCCCUAACCUAGGGAGCCACCAGCAAAUUGAACAGAAAUGGUAUUUCCGCCUGUUACGGUCUCUGGAUAAAGUUACCACCGGUAUAUCAGUGGUUUGCAUAUGUUUGAAUCUGUUUGUCAGCUACAAGUUUUUGUUUGGUCACUUCAGAUUGUACUCCCUUUUUUAUUCUGUUGACCGUCCAAGUGGAUCUCCAAACAUCGUUAUACUCUCUCUGGAUGAACUAAAUGACGAUGGUGCAUGGGGGAUAACAUUGGAAAAUACACAUUGGUCUUUUUGGACAAUAUGCCGUUAUCUCUUGUUCCGUUGGAGGUCUCGUAUCAGACGUAAGCAGGCUCGUUUAGAUGAUGGCGGUGAUGGGACUACCAAAGACUACUAUUACCAACUAAGGAAAUGGACCCCAUCAAGAUUUAUGACUACCCUUUUUAUUUAUUAUCCCCCGACUUGUUUGGUGUUUCUCUGCUUGAUGGAGGCAAGUUUCUCGAUGUUAGGUGCCAUUGUCGUCCAUCAGUUCUUGUUUAAAAUGAUCAUUGGAAGAUAUUUGGUUAGAAUUACAGAUGAUUCCAUUUUGUCAAAGUCUUUAAUGGAUGAGUAUAUUCAGAAGGCAAUCAACCCUCUGACAAACAAACAAAUGCAAGAUGCACAAACUGGCGCUACAUUUUAUGAUGAGUUUGGAGACGUGAAAUUUUUCCCUGCUACAACUUCAAGUAAAAGGAAUAUAUUCCAGAGCCACGACAUUGGCGGGGAACUAAUCAAGCAAAGUUAUGACAAAAGUGAGGGUAGUUUCAAAGAUUUCGCAAAAGGCGAAAGAGAAGCUCAGAAUAGAAUAUUUGUUCCUCCCAAACAAUUUCACCGCUUUCGUGUACGAAAUCAAAAUUCGCAAUCACAAAAUUGGAGAAGAUAG